AUGGCAACAUCUCGCAAAGCUGGCCGUGCAGGCACUUCUCGCAGCCGCCGCGGAGCCGCUCCAAUGGGCGCCAAUGAGGCUGAAAACCCAUAUCUGCCCAGCAUCGACACCCAGCAAUCAUUUUCCUACGGCUCGACCAACACGCCUGUUCUCCCCCGCCAACUGGGAGGCAAUGCUUCUGCCAACGCAGAAUACGUAGCAGCGACGCUUGAUGCCGAUAUCCGUCCCCGUGUGACCGAAUCAGCAGGCUUCAACCAGAUUGAGAACGAGGCGCGCAAUAGUCCUGAAAAGCAGAGACUCACUCGCGGCCAGCGCCGGGCAGAAAGCGUCCUCAGUGCGAGAGAAAGCAUGUCUCCUGCUCGAGAUGUCGAAAGAAGGCGUACUCCAGAACACCAGCUGAUGAGUACUUUGAGAGAGGCAUCUGGAGAGCCUGAAGACCCAGAAGAGCCUGUUGACCGUCUUGCAGACGCCGUCGAGAGGUCGAGCAUCAGCUGGUACACUGAACGCCAUGUCUUACCAAACGAACAGCCUCAUCCAUUCCGCGACGCUGCUCCAUCACAGUCGCAAGCACAGGGCGGUCCUAGAAUAUCAUUGGGCUGGCCUCGUCCAGGCAGACAGAAUGAGCAAUUGCCAGUUUCCAUGUCCCCUUCUCGUGCGAGCAGUGCCUCGGUACAAUGGCCGCAACCAAGCCCAGCAGCUGUCCAAAUUUCGCCCAGAGGCCAGAACCAAGUCAAGAUUCAAGCACAGAGAAGCCAUGCGACGGCUGAGAGAAUUGAAAGAGGUGCUGCGAUGGGUGUGCCUGUGGGUGCGCCUGUGGGUGUUUUACAGCCAGCCCUACGACCUACUCGCACUGCUCCCAGAGUUGAUACAAGUUCUGUCAAUUCAGUGGCAUCCCAUGAGCCGCCAGAUACUCCCAAGUCGGAACAUACACCAGCUUCGUCUCAUAGAGCGACUCCUCCACCCGGCGUUUUACCCACAUCCGCGAGUCUCUCCCAGCUUCUCCCAUCCCGUCUCCCAUUCGGCCUCUCUCAUCUCAUUACCGUCCUACUCACCCUCACGGUCGCAUUCAGCGCCUACAUCGUCCGCGACGACAUCAAGUCGAUCAUGAAAUCCAUCCGCUUCCCAAGUUCACCCUGUCCUGAGCCUCCUCUCACUCCUAUCCAUAACUACACCGAUGCUAUUGAUAAAAUCCUUACCACCGUCGACAGCCGCCUCACCAGCAUGACAAACGACAUCGUCUCCCUCAAGGAAGAAUUGGACAACCGUCCCACUUUACCUGCGGAUCCAUUAGUGCCACGGCGUGCCAACUAUUUUGCUCUUGGAAUGGGCGCCCUAGUUGAUCCCUACCUGACAUCCCCUACAAAAUCGUCCACUGACAGCCUCGCGCAGCGUUUUCGUCGCUAUGCAGCCGGCAUACUGCCUGGUCCCUCCCCCGUAGCGGCGCUUACGCAGUGGGACGAUGUCGGCGACUGCUGGUGCGCAGCUACGACGAACGGCAAAGCCCAGCUGGCCGUGCUGCUCGGACGGCCUAUCGUGCCAGAGGAGAUCAUCAUCGAACACAUCCCGCGUGAAGCGACCCUGGACCCUGGCUCGGCACCACGAACUAUGGAAUUGUGGGCUGAAUAUAAGCUCCUCUACCGUGUUUCUAGAAAGCGGAACGCACCACCAUCCGGGCCACGAUCGCCAUCGUCACUCCUACCACCAGACCCGUCAGAUCAGUCUGAGCCAUUGGGCCCGUCAGACGAGGCGGCCAUGUCGUCUGGCCAUGGCGAAACCGCUUCGUCCCUGCGCCAGACCCUGCUCACCACUCUCGCAAUCGUGUACCCCGACGACCCUCCAGCGGCCUACUCCAACGACCUUGCCCUGGGCCCGUCGUUCUUCCGCGUGGGCACAUGGACAUACGACAUCAACGCCGAGCACCACAUCCAGCGCUUCCCGCUUGAGGCGAUAGUCGACGUGCCCGGUGCGCGCGUCGAGCGAGUGGUGGUGCGGGUCACGUCCAACUGGGGCGGCCAGGAGCAUACAUGUCUCUACCGAGUCAGGCUGCAUGGUCGUGUAUAG